CACGUCACUUCCUGGAGACUGGCUGAAUCCGGAAGUGAUCCCUGAGGACCCAGUUGCGGCCGAGGACCCCGGCGGCAGGGCCAGGUUCGGGACCAUGAGCUGGAUUCCUUUCAAGAUUGGGCAGCCCAAGAAACAGAUUGUCCCCAAAACAGUGGAGAGAGAUUUUGAGAGGGAGUAUGGAAAACUCCAGCAGCUGGAGGAGCAGACCAGGAGGCUGCAGAAGGACAUGAAGAAGAGCACCGAUGCUGACCUGGCCAUGUCCAAAUCUGCCGUGAAGAUAUCCUUGGACUUGCUCUCCAAUCCCCUCUGCGAGCAAGACCAGGACUUCCUGAACAUGGUGACAGCUCUGGACACGGCCAUGAAGCGGAUGGAUGCCUUCAACCAGGAAAAGGUGAACCAGAUUCAAAAGACCGUGAUUGAACCCUUAAAAAAGUUCGGCAGUGUCUUCCCGAGCCUCAACAUGGCGGUGAAACGGCGGGAGCAGGCCCUGCAGGACUACCGGAGAUUGCAGGCCAAGGUGGAGAAGUACGAGGAGAAGGAGAAGACCGGGCCCGUGCUGGCCAAACUCCACCAGGCCCGAGAAGAGCUGCGGCCCGUGCGGGAUGACUUCGAGGCCAAGAACAAGCAGCUCCUGGACGAGAUGCCGCGCUUCUACCACAGCCGGCUCGACUACUUCCAGCCCAGCUUCGAGGCCCUGAUCCGAGCCCAGGUUGGGUACUACUCUGAGAUGCAGAAGAUCUUUGGAGACCUGACCCAGCAGCUUGACCAGCCUGGCCACUCUGAUGAGCAGCGUGAGAGGGAGAACGAGGCCAGACUGAGUGAGCUCAGAGCCCUCUCCAUUGUGGCUGAUGACUGAGUCCCCACCACCCUUUCGAAGACUCCUGGGACACAAGUCAACAUCUUUGGUCUUUGUCCUUGUCAAGCUUAGGCUCAGGUGUCAGCCAGCAAAAGGCCCUCCCCUGAGAGAAGUAUGGGGACAGCAGUGGCCCCUGCUCUACCUCACCAGCCCUCUGCAGUGAGCCUGGCACCAGGAGCCCCAAGCAGGCUGCUAGCUCCCCACCCAUAGCAAGAGCCCAGACGACAGGUAAGCAGGGCAGAAAAACUCCAGGCACCUUCUCAUUUCCAAAAGAACCGUCCAAAGGGCAUCCUGGCCUAGGGCCUGAGCAAGCUUCCAGCCUUCAAAGGCAAAGGCUCUGUCUGCUCACCUGAGGUCUUAGCCUUGCUUGCGUGGUCGUGAUCACAUCUACCUCCAAAGACCUAUCCUGGAGAGUCCACCCGCCCUCGUUGCCUUUCAGACUAAGGCCUUUUUUCUGAAGAGGCCCGAGACACCGCCAUGGGGAACAGAAGAGCUAUGGUUCCCCCAGCCCAGACAGACCCCUCACUCCAGCCUCCCAGCAUGACAAAAACUGGCUUAGCCUAUUUCUGUCCCUUAGGCCAAGCGCAAAGCCCCAAGCCUUGUAGGUUCCCUAGGAAACCCGACUCCGCUCGUGUCCAUAGGCUACCGACCGCACAAAAUGUCACAGCCUGAUUCACAGGCCUCAGAGCAAGAACCGGAGUAUUUGGAAUUUUAUUUUUUCAAGUAAAGUUUUCAAUAAAAUCGACAGCUGUUACUGUGCUGUGACUGAGAGCGCUACCAUAGGUUUGUCAGGCUUGUGCACCGCCCCCCCUUCCAGCUGGCCGCACCCCUGCGGCAUUGCCUCUCUCCACCAGCAGGUGGCAGGGCCGAGAGCACCAGGGGC